AUGGGUCUCCCCGAACGCAAAACUCCCGUCUCUGUGGCCGAGUACGUCCUUUCCGUGCUUGACGCAUCUGAGCGCACGCCCUACAUUGGCGAGGACAUUUCCCAGCUUCAGCACUCCCUCCAGGCGGCCGCGCAGGCCGCCUCCACGACGCCGCCCGUCGACGAGCUCACGCAGGUCGCCGCGCUGCUGCACGACAUUGGCCAGUUCACGCCCGCCGCCGACCUGCGCGCCCUGACCGGCGGCGAGGCCAAGAACCUCGGCGGGCAGGCUGCAUCGCAGUCCGUCGGCCGCGUCGGCCACGAGACCCUGGGCGGCGCCAUGCUGCUCGCGCUGGGCUUCCCCGAAAAGGUCGCCCGCCUGGUCGAAUCGCACGUCGCCUCGAAGCGAUAUCUCUGCGCCGUCGACGUGUCAUACUACGACAGGCUGUCCGACGCGAGCAGGAAGAGCCUCAUGUACCAGGGCGGCCCCAUGAGCGGCGCGGAGAAGGACGAGUUUACGGCGGGAGAGUGGUGCCAGGAAAUGUGCCAGCUAAGGAAAUGGGAUGAUGCUGCCAAAGAAAAGGACCUCCGAGUCAGAGACUUGGAAUCAUGGCGGCCUGUGAUUGAGGGUAUACUAAUUACGUCCCCGUCCGAGCAUGAGUCAAAAUUGGUGUCCGGUGUAAGGCCGGGGCUGCUCAAACCUUAUCACGACAUUGUUAAAACCGGACAACUCGUAACCUCAUCGUCAAGAGUGGCGCGCCCUUUUGCUCCAUUCUAA